GAGAAAAGUUGAUCAUGAGCUAACCUCACGGCUUAUUAUUGAUGCUUCUCACACUGAGCAUAACGAUUAUUGCGUGUUUAUUGUUGUUUAAUGGCCGCACGAUUUAAAAUUUUAGUCACAUAGGUCCUAACUUUUAUUUUCGGUCGCACCCGUCUGAAUUCAGUCUCGAAUCUUUGUUUUCUUUCACCUUGGGACUGUGCAUAUUACGUAACAAUUCUCACUUGAAUGACCUCAUGCAAGGUUUCUAAUUGCACAGAUCGCGAAUUCCGGAACAUUUAUAUGCAGGUGUACAGGUAUAAUACUCAAUCACAUCAAGAGAUACGGAAAAAAAAAGCUGCAUGCGGUCAUGGAUCCUACUGGCGGAGCGCAGUUGAGGGGCAAGAUGACUGAUGAGGAGGAUGAAUUAUUCACCAUCGAAGACUACGAAAAACGGGCAAGUGAACUACUGCCUCCCGCGUUCUUGCAAUACUAUAGCUACGGACGAGAGAGGGAGUGGUGUCUCAAACGCAGCACGGAAGCAUUUUCAAGGUAUAUACUCAGAAACCGUGUUCUCCAAGACGUAUCCCAUCGGAACCUCUCAACGACCGUUCUAGGAGAACCGAUCCCGUAUCCUAUCUGCAUUGCACCUACAGCUGUUCAUCUCUUUGCCCAUCCUGAUGCGGAGGCCGAAACCGCAAGAGGUGCUGUUGCGGCAGGUGCUCUCAUGGUGUUGUCUGUCAACGCUACUACAGCCAUUGCUGAUAUUCAGGUAGCAGCCCCAGGCGGCCUACGGUGGAUGCAGACAUACCUCUUCAAAGACCGUUUACUGACGCAGCAUGUCGUUCGAGAAAGUGAGAGGGCGGGCUUCAAAGCCAUCGUCGUCACUAUUGACUCGCCAGUGGCAGGAGUUAAUUCAAAGGUCAGGUCCGGUUUGGAAAAGCAUGAUUUAUCAUCUUGCUUUAAAAAUUUAGAUGCUGAUAUCCCUUCUUCAAGAGAAUUCAAAGCUAAUGGAGACACAAGACUUGUGGCCUACUUACAUAGCCAACAAUUUAAUGAGUCUGCCACGUGGGAUGACGUCAGGUGGAUAAAAUCAAUAACCAAACUUCCUGUCGUCUGCAAAGGGGUUCUGUCAGCUGAAUGUGCCAGAGAAGCAGCCGACGCAGGGGCUGAUGGGAUACUGGUAUCAGCUCACGGUGGAAGGCAAUCAGAUGGAGCCCCCGCUCCAAUCGAUGCCCUCAGCGAGGUGGUAGAGGCAGUCCAUGAUCGGGGUAUAGAGGUAUACAUGGACGGAGGGGUGAGGACAGGGUCGGAUGUCUUAAAAGCUCUUGGAAGAGGUGCAAGGGCCGUCUUUGUAGGGAGGCCUAUUCUUUGGGGGCUAGCUUGUCAGGGAUCAAAAGGUGUGUCGCAUGUUUUGGAAAUUCUCAGAAGCGAAUUUGACCACGCCUUAGCACUUAGCGGUUGUACGAGUCCGGAGAACAUUCCAUCUGAUAUAGUUGUUCAUGAAUCGUAUUAUCGUCAUCGAAACACGCCCAUACCGAAGAGCAAAAUGUAGUUAUACAGGAGGCAUUCUAUCGUUUUCUUUCUUAAUAGAUAUUCCACCGUGAAAUUCGACUUCUUUGAAUGAAAGGACUAAAAUGAAACAGAUAUCACAGCAAAAAAAAAAAAAAAAAGUUUUAUAUUACAUUUUAUACAUACAUUUCAUUAAUAGGGCCUAAUUAAGUGUGUGGUGGAAAUCUCUGGUGCACUGUGUACCCGAUGAAUGGAUGAAUGGUGCGGUUGGGAAAUUAUUAUUAACAAAGAUUAUGUAUGUGGGCGCGUAGUGGUCUAGUUGUUCUGACUCUCGCCUUUCAAACAUAGGGUCGUUGGUUCGAAUCCUAGACAGCAUGGCGUGCUUUCCUUCAGCAAGAAAUUUAUCCUCACUGUGCUGCAGUCGACCCAGGUGAGGUGAAUGGGUACCCGGCAGGAUUAAUUCCUUGCAUGUACGAGCGCUGAAAGGCAGCUCGAGCUAAAGCCAGGAUAAUGAUAAUACUAAUAAUGCGCCUCGGAAUAGAUUGUUUUUAGAUAGAUGGCGCUAUAAAAAUGCUUAUUAUCAUUAUCAUUAAUAUUAUUAUUAUUAUUAUUAUAUAUUCAGACAAUUCUACACACACGCAAUAUUCCUUUGAAAACAUUUCAUUUUGGAUCUUAAGAGAAUAUUUUCAAAGGAUUAUACUAUUUAGAAAAUCGUACCAUAUUUCCCCUUCUCUUUCUUUUUCUCCUUUUCUUUCUUUUUGUUUUAACUUGGUUGUGGUACCUUUUUUUUGGGGGGGGGGGAAGAGUUGCCCCAUCCCCCCAUCUAUACGCCAGUAAUUGUCAUUCAUAUUGCAAUUAAAUGUACGUGUGGUUAUCUAUCAUUUAUUUUUAUACAAAAAUAAACAAGAUAUUAAACAUAAUGAAGUCAUAAAAAUAAAUAUAGAUAAAUUAAUCAAUAUACGAAAAGAA